AUGCCCCGCGAUCUGGAUCUGGAUCUCGAGAAUAAUCGGGAACGAGAAACGGCGUCGCCGCCGACGUUGAGUGAGAGUCCGAAUCGUAUGUCUGGCCCCUCCUCCCCAGAACCCACCAAAGCAUUCACCAUCAACUCCAUGUCUUCCUCAAAGGUCACGGGAAACCUGCAUCCGUACGUGAGACCCCUCACGAUUUCGGAUCUGGAUAGCUGUGAGGCGCUGGAGAAUAGCGCGUUUAGUGAGGUGGAGAGGGCUAGUCGGGAAAAGUUGAGAUAUCGUCUCACGAAAUGUGGAGAACUUUGUAUUGGGCUUUUCACUACGGUUGUCCCGAGUCCGAAGUGUUUGCAGAGUCCGACUUUGGGAGCGGCGAGGUUGGUGGAGAGUUGUAGGGAUGAUGGGGCGGUUAGUGUUAUGUUGGGGCAUGUUGUGUCAAGCAAAACAACCUCACCAACAUGCACAGACGCCUCCAUGGACUACCCCAAAGACUGGGAAAGCACCAUCGGCGACGUCAAGAAAGGACAAGAUGAUCUAUCCGGCCACGGUGCAAUUGGACAUCAAGAACAAGGAAGGACGGUCGUGCUACAUAGUGUGGCUAUCGCACCUGGAUUUCAGGGACGUGGUAUGGGUGGGGUCUUGAUGAAGAGUUACAUUUCUUCUAUUGCUGGUUCGGGUGUUGCUGAUCGAUUGGCUUUGUUGGCUCAUGAGGAAAAAGUCGAAUGGUACGAAAAACUCGGCUUCGUGAGUAAAGGACCAAGUGCAGUAAAAGGCUGUGGAGGAAAUUGGAUCGACAUGGUCUACGAAGUCAAGAAACCAGAAGCUCGAGCAAGAUAUGGAUAG